GUGUUGAUGUGUGAAAUAGUUAAAAACAAGACUGACACUAUCUUCUGGAGUUGUGUCAGUUGUGAUGGCCGAUUGAUGGCAUUGAUUAUCGAUUGCUUCAGCCUGGCCCGCAGGGUGAAAGUUGAAAGUUCGCCCAAAUCUGAAAACAGCAGGCACGUGCGCAUUCUAAAGUUCCUGAAUUGACCUGCAUAUCCCAGCAGCUGCGGCGAUGGCUGCCAUAUACUCCGGUAUCCAUCUGAAACUGAAGAGUCCACACACUCCGUGGGAGGACAAGCUGAAGCUGGCCCGUUUUGCCUGGAUCUCCUCUCAGUGUCUUCUACCCAACAAGGAACAGGUCCUGUUGGACUGGUGCACCCAUGCGCUCACAGGGUGGCACAACAAAAAAGUGGAGUUCUCACAGGAAGUUCUGGAAGGCUUGUGGUGUUACCUUGAUGAUGUGCUGCGCACCCGGAAACUCCAUUCUGCCCUUAAGCAGGGAAAGGCCAUCUGUCUGAGGAUCAAUAUGGCACAGCUGCUGAUUGACUGCCUGCAGGGCUGUGCAAACGGUCAGUCGCAGGUGUCUCUUUCCACCAUACUGAGUGUGUCUAGGAGCAUCUUCUCUUCUCCCGCCCUCUCGUCUGUUUUCACCACAAAGUAUGAACUCGUGGUCAAUCUGCUGGCCAAGUUCUGUUUGUUGGCCUGUCGUGAGAUUCAGACUCCUUCGUUUACAAAGGUCCACGUUACCGCCUCGAUUCCGUGUCAAGAUGAGCCGACGAUGGAGCCUCCCCAGACUGAAGCCAAAGCCAAAGAAAAGCCAAAGAAAAUCUCAGCUUCGGGGAAUCUAUUUGAAGUCUUCCUUCAGGCGCUGUCCUGUUACUUGUCAGUGCAGCGACAACAAGCCAACCCCAACAGGGUUUUUACCGUGGUCACUAACCAGCUGCUCCAGCCGCUGGUGCUGCUCAGAUACCUGCUGACCGCUCAGGGGGUCACUCCACAUCUCCGUCAGCAGCUGCGCAGAGACAUCCGCCUCAAGAUAGAUUCCGUCCUUCAGUUGGCUCUUUUCUCCUCUGAGCACUUGGCUUCAUACAAGGCCGAGCUUUUUCCACCUAAAGAGGAUUCUGGAAGGGGGGGGUCCGCGGGGAUUAAGGGACCUCUGAAGCCAGCCAGCUCUGUGCUCUGCAAACUGAGCGAUCAGGGCUUCUGCGAGCCAUCUCUGCACUACUCCGUCAAAUCCGAUGCGCUGCCUCUGUUUUUCAAGUUCUUUCUGGAAAGGUACGGGAAAGGGAAAGGAGAGGGAGAGGAGGAGCAGAGGAUGCUGUGUUUCUAUUAUCUGGCCAGACUGGUCCCGGCUUUAGACAUUCACCCGGGCGGUCGCCCGCCCAGUCCGGCCGGAGCAGAGCAGGGAGGAGCCCCGUCCUCCGGGGAGAAGCCGCCUCCAGCGUCCACCUGCGCUAAAGAGAGCUGGAGCCUGGCCCUGCAGGCGCUGGACUCCCUGCUGAGCCAGGCUCUAUCGGCAGACAUUUAUAAUGUUGCCGCCGACAGGAUACGACACAAAGAGGUUCAGCUCAACUUCUACAGAGCCCUGGCCCAAAUAUUCUUCAACGAGGCCCAGCCAAGCAUGCCGGCAUGGUACCACUGCCUAAAGGUGCUUUUGAAUCUCAAUCAUCUGAUCCUCGAACCAGACCUGGACCAGCUGUUAUCUUCGGCAUGGGUGAACGCUGAGGACACGGGAGCACAAGUGCAACAGGCCAGACAGCUCAUGGUUGGCAGUCUCCUUCAGACCUACACUAAGCUCCGCCAGCUGCCUCGUCUCUUCUCCGUGCUCGUCUCCGUCAUCUGUCAGCCUGCUCUGGACGACCGCCGCCCCCCCCUGCUGACCGAGGGCAUCUCCGCGUCCCUCAGGGCCCUUCUGCUGGACACCCCCCCCUCUCAGGUGCUAGAGAUCUGCUCAUCAGUGCUGCAGAGCAUCAGGACGUACGUUCUGCCUGACCUGGCCAGAGAGCCGGCAGAGGCCGACGAGAUGGAGACGGACGGAGGACACGAGAAAGAGGACGCGUCUCUGAAGCUGUCCACCCUCUGUCAGCUGCUUCACGUGGUCCUAUUCAGCUUGAAGACUCUGGAUGAUGUGUCCCCCGUUCCCUUAGUCAGGCAAAGCACGGGGCUGAUGGAGGAGAUGCAGCAGACGGUGAAAGAGCUGCUGCAUCUGUUAAAAGCAGAGAGGAAGCCUUCAGAACCAAACGCAGGUUCAGCCCAAAAGAAUCGAAAGAAAUGUAAAAAGAAUCUGGACCCCGAAGAGUCGCUAAAGGCGUCAGAGUUAAGAGUGGAGACACUCUGGGAACAGAGGACCCAGGAUGCCACCCUCCUGCUCAGGUACACGUGGGUGGAGGUGGAUACGCUCUUCCACAUGUACUGCAGCAAAUACACGGGCGUGGACUCGUCCCUGACCCAAACCGAAGGGUCCUCCACCUCUCCGCUGGUUGACCACACGGAGAGCCUGGUCUCAGGCCGGCUCUCCCCUGCAUGGCUCCGCCCCUCCCCCUCCCGCAGCCCCUCAAGCUGUUUGCUGCUCAAGCUGCUGACCCUGCAUCAGAUGAAGAAGGUUCUGCUGGACGGCGGCCUGCGCUCUGAAUCCGGCACCGCCGCCCUGCUUCAGAGGGCUGCCCAGUUUAUUUUGGCCCGGUCCGAGCCCGAGGCGGCGCCGGCGGGGGGAGAGGAGCCGGCCUGGGACACGCAGGUGGUCGGCGUGGACGCCAGCACCUACCGCGUGGCGCACUGGCAUCUCCUCACCACCAACUUCCCCUUGAUUCUUCCACACCUGAGUGGGGAGGACGUGGGCCACAUAGCCCAAGUCUUUGUCGGUUCUUUGCUGAAGAGGCAGGCCGAGAAAUCCCCCGCUGCGCCCCCCGGCCAUCUGACUUUCUCUCUCAUAUCCUCACAGCUUGCUCGGAGUCCAUUUCUGGCCGAGAUGCCCUCGCUGUUCUCCGCCACAGUUGAGUGCCUCACGCGAAAGGUUAUCGGCAUCCUCGGCGCGGGCCACAAACCCGACGUCUGUCCUAAGUUUUUGGCUCUUUGUGAGAACGGAGGCGGAGCCACGGCUUCACAGACUGGUCAACUCGGGCCUGCAUCCACACCGGUGAACAUAGAGGCCUUGGUCGAGGACAUUGUGGCAUCUUCUAAAUCCGGAGAGGCGCAGGUGCUGCUCACGGACGCGCACGUGGAGGAGCUGCUCAACCUGCUGCAGGUCUUAACAAACCUGAACCCCGAUGGGAUGAGCUCAGAAGACCUCUGCUCCCUGUUCCUCCUCCUGCUGUUCACGUUCACCUCCACCUCCAGGCGGGCGAUCGCCCACUCCCCCGACCACGGGGGCGACGCCGGCCUCCUCGGGAAGCUGCUCGGAGUUCUGGACUACCUCCUGGAGGCUCGCAGCUUCCCAAGCGUUCUAAAGCUCAUCCACGGCGGCACUCUGCUGCAGGCGGCCGUAGCGGGCCUCCUCCGGCGCAGCACCGGGGCCAGACUCGGGGCCACGGGCAGCGCCGACUUCCUGGAUUUAGUCAGGGCGGCGCAGGGCUUCGUAAGAUCUUUGGUCCAGCUGAUUAUUGUCCGAAAUAGCAGCGUUAGGCUCAACCUGGAGCAGUUUUCCUCCUUUCUAAUCAGCGAGGAAAUCAGUGGCCAGAUCUCGCCGUCCAGUUCCAUGACCUCCGUUCAUCUUCUGCUGGCGUGUCUUGCCUCCUUCUCUCAGGCCAUGAGCUCCAACUUGGGGAAAAGCAAGCAAAUGGAUCAGACUUUAACCCAAAUGCUCGCGAGAGCGUCGGCUGGCUUGGGACCGGGCGUGGAGUUCGUCCUGAAGCGCCAGACUGCCCGCGAGGCUGUCGUCCAGCCAACCGCAGUCCUCGGUCAAGCGUUCGUGGUGGAAGUGGUCACAGUCAUGCUGCAGGGCGAGCUGGCCUCGCUGUCCGUGGAGCACGAGGGCCAGCAGAGUGGGCCCAAGCUCGCCCUGACACAUGAGAGCCUUUACCGAGGCUUCGGCCAGCAGAUCCUCCGAGAAAUCGUCUCGGCCCCCAGACCCACGGACUUCGUGGUGUCCUCUCUGCGUUUCCUCUCCGUGUUUUACGCCGCCAUGGAGGGCAGGGCGCAGGGAGAGGCCGGGGAACGGGAGGAGCUGUACAUCCAGAUGUUGCAGACCGUCCACAGACUGCUGGCAGCUCCUUGGCUGUCGCAUACAGAUGUUGCUGAGCUGGAGCCAGUUGUGCAGGAGCUGUUGUGCCACCUGGUGGAGAAAUGUACCGACGCUCAGUUCAACCAGCUGCUGUUGAUGGUCAGAGAAGGGCUGGAUAUUAAAAAGCUGAGAGCUGGAAACUACAAGGAGGUGCUGUCGGCAGCAGUCGUCACUAAGCUGCUGUCGUGUUGUCAGCUCCCUGAGACCUGCUCCAAAGCUCUGUGGCUCAUUGCACCGCAGAUCAUUUCAGCCAUUGUGCUAAUAUUAAGAUCAUCCAGUCAAGAUGUCUCUCUGACCCUUCCCUUCACUGUUCCCAUGGUGAUGUCAAUGACAUCACUGCUGCGCCAUGGGGAGGGGCUCAUCGCCAACCCUCAUCAUGUGAUCGUGGUCUUUGGAGCGCUCCAUUCACUUCCCCUCGACCACCUGACCCCUCCCACCUACCACGCUGUGUUCCUGGCUGUUCACGAGGCGCUGUUUGCCAUCAUCCAGUGUCAUCCUCAGGUGAUUCUAAAAUCCGCUCCGUCCUUCUUAAACGUCUUCCAUCGCCUGGUAGCCUCUAUCAUGCAGGAGGGUCGGCAGAGAAAAGACGGCGAUACAGGUUCAGACGGCGACCUGUACCUGCAGUGCUCCAGGCUCACGGAGAGGAUGUACUCUCACAUUGCUGCGGCCGCAGAGAGCUGGACGGCGCUGUGGGCCUUCAUGGUGGCUCAGUACGUGACCGAGCUGCAGAAGGUUACUCUGCGAGCAGAUGUCAAGCAACACCUCACCGAAGGCAUUUAUUACAUCCUGGACCUGUGCAAGGAGCAGGACAUCAAGUUUUUGAAAGCGGGGCUGCACGCUGGAGUCAGAGAAGUGUUCAACGAGCUUUACAGCAGCUACACUCACUAUCACAAAGCGCAGAGGCAAGGGGAGGAAAAGUACACCGUCUGAUCUGCUGAACGAAUGCGUGGGUCCGCUUCUGAAUGAGGACAUCGGACCCAAAAACAGGUCCCGUGCAGCUGGGUGUGAAACACAGUCUUCUUAGAACUGGAUGUGAUAGAAACUGCUUUUAAUUCUGAGACAUUACACAGCAUCAAAUGGAAGCAGAAAAGCCUAGCACUGCAUUUUCCACAAAGCUGGUUGUUUGUCACCUCUAUGAAUAUUUAAACAGAUCAAGCCAACAGGUGUGUGAAGCCUUGUAAUGAAACAAGCCUGAGGAGGACCGUGGCCAGACCUGCAGUACUUACAUAUAUGCACCCCCUUUCAUCUGCUGACUGUGGAGAGUGAAGUUGGACAAAAAAACAUGUGUCGAUGUAGAUUCUCUCAUGUCUUUUCACAUUUCACCUUUCAUUUGAAAGGUGUCUUCAGCUGAACCUAAAAACUGAAUCGAAGGCUCCUACUCAAGCUUUUAGAUAAAAAGCUGCUGCAGGCACACUGCAUUCUGAAGACACCGCGGGGGGCCGACUGAGGGAGCUGAUGGCAGAAAGCAGGCACACUGAGAUGGUGCUACAAGGCAGGCUCUGUCAUGAGCCGGAGUGAAAACAUGUCCUGUUUGAAAUAUUACAUUUAGUUAUUUUGUGAGCUGUCAUCGGGUACUUUUGAGAGAUUUGGAUAUGCAAUGGUUAUCAAUAUAGGAUGGAUCUAAGAGCAGCAUUUUUAUUUUGUAAAGAAUUUAAUUUCAAAGUUUAUUGUCAGUGAUUAUUUUUUAUAUGUGAAAUUGAAAACAAAUUGAAGCUCAGGAGUUACUCCUGCUGCAUAGGUUUUUUUGUGUAAAAAAAAAAAGAAAAUAAAGACAGAAAUAUGCAAAUAUGAAUAUUUGCAUUGUUUUGAAUCUCUGACCUCUAAAAUGUGUUUGUGAUUAUGCAACACUUUACAUUAAAUUGCAUUAAAUGCAGCUUAAAUAAUUUUGGACUGAUCCUCAUUGUUUUUUAUGUAUUGCAUAAAAAAUAAACUGUUUUUUUUACUUUGACUCACCUCCAGAUGUGGCCCCACCUCUGCAUCACAGAUCUGUAUCCUAAUUUUCUGGAUGGCACGGCCAACCGUCUUCACAGUUAUUUCUGGAAGUGUUGCUGAUAACAUGCAAUGAUUCUC